UUUGACAUUUGGAAAGGUGAGGUUACCAAGUCCUUUUACGAGGCUUCUUGUGAGGAGGUUGUAGACCCACAGCGCCAAGGCAAGUGCAAAAUAGCUGGGCAGAUUCUGUAGCUGCGGAUUCGAGUCUGACAAUCAAAGAUUCUUCCGCAGUUUCUUUGUAGGAUGGUUUAAUGGAUGCGGUGAGCAGCAAUGAACCCCUACAGUAGUAGUUGGGGCCGAUCGAAUUUUGACUAAAUGAAUCCCCGCCCGCCCUCUCUGCUGUUUCCUAUCAACAACGCCCAUCAUGCCCUUCUCAUUGAUCAUGUCUACUCUUUACAUUGCCCUCAUCACAUCAGUUUACAUCGUUUACCGCCUUCGCGUCAGAAGCUCGCAGACUCGAAAGAAUGCGGGAGCGGAGACGUCUAUGUCGUUGGAUCUUGAGGGGAGCUUGUCUGAGCCCGCACAGCAAUUGAGGGCAAAGCUGAUGUCAGCACUCCCCGAAAGUAUCAUCUCGCCGGAGAACGCCGCAUCAUUCAAGCAGUCAACGAACUCGUAUUGGGACCAGAAAGCGUGCGAAGUUCGACCGUCAUGUGUCGUCCGACCACGUGAUGUGCAGGAGCUAUCCCGAACCGUGAAGAUAUUGAAGAGCGAAUUCGAUCAGCGAAGGAAAGAGUCCAAGAUUUCAGAGAGUAUAUUGGAAGGUAUCUUUGCUGUUCGAGGCGGUGGCCAUUCUCCCGUUGCUGGCGCUUCGAGCAUCAAAGGUGGUUCGCUCAUCGACAUGAGUCUCUUCAACGAAGUCACACCGUCAGACGACGGAAAGAGUGUCAUCAUUGGAGCUGGAUGCAAGUGGAUUCAGGUUUCCAAAGUUUUGGAAGCGAAAGGUCUCGCGGCCGUAGGAGGCAGAAACUCCGCCGUUGGGGUGGGCGGUUUGAUACUAGGUGGCGGCCUGUCGUUCUUCUCGCCACGCUUCGGAUUCGUUUGCUCCAACAUUAUUCAGUAUGAGAUUGUGCUUGCCAACGGUUCCAUCGCUAUAGCUUCAAAAACGCAGAACUCUGACCUUUGGCGAGCACUCAAAGGCGGCUCGAAUAACUUCGGCAUCGUCACACGCUUCACUGCGCACACCUUUCCGUCUACUGACAUUUGGAGUGGGUUUCUGUACAUUUUUCCAUUUGAAGCACCAAAGGUCCUCUCAGCAUUCCAUGAAUUCGUUGAUAGAGUCGUUAUCAAUGAUGAAGGGAAAACACACGACGAGUACGCCGCCGGGCCACUAGCCUGCUUCACCUAUCUCCAACAACUCGGCAUCCAAGCCAUCGCUGUAAAUCUCGUCCACACCAAACCACCUAUGGGCGACAAGGGGUGGGCUACGUGUUGGCAGAGCUCAGCAUUUCCAAAGCUCUGGAGAUUUUGGAGCACAUGUUCUGUAAAAAGCUUGUCGAGUGCAACGGAUGAGAACGACAAGGAGACACUCGAAGCUACACACAAAGCGUACCGCGAUGCUAUUACUUCUAUCCGAAAGCACAAUAUCAAAGCCAUGUCAUGGACACUCGUCCUGCAACCCCUUCUCCCAGACUGGGCGCGCAAAGGCGACCCCAACCCACUUGGCCUUUCCUCGUCGACCAACGAAUCCUUGGUCAAUGUCAGUUUCACGGUGAACUGGGCGCUUGCUAAGGACGAUGGACUUGUACAAUCUCUCACGCGAAUGGCGAUUGAGCAGAUUGAUCGUUUUGCAGUAGGCAAAGGGACGGCGCAUCGAUAUAGGUAUUUGAAUUAUUGCGGCAGUUGGCAGAAGCCGUUUGAGGGGUAUGGGGAAAAGAAUGUUGAUUUUCUGCGAGCUGUGAGUAGGACGUAUGAUCCUGAGGGACUUUUCCAAUACGGCUGUGUGGGCGGGUUCAAGUUGAAGUAGAUGUUUGAAAUUGCAUUUAGAUUGAUUUGUGCAUAUGGAGCUUCACGUCAUGUUAAUUUGACUUGUAAUAAAAACCCCUUAGUCAUCUUGACGGCGUCAUCGUUCAUUCCUUGUAUGUCAGCGCUACUCGAGCCCAACGCUAAUAGCAGCC